AAGAUACUAAAUUAAGAAGAAUCCAUGGUAAUCGCUUGAAACCUUAUAUGAUUCCAAAAAUAAACUGGACUGAAGAACACGAGAGAACUAUCCCAACAAUUUUGGAUUCUGAAACGCAGGAAUUACUUCAAUGAUAAUAUUGUUAAAGAUACAACACGAAAACAUAUAAAAAGGAACGAAAUUCAAAAAAAAAAGAGAAACAAAUAAUUACAAACAUGAACUCAAAUAUUCAAGAACAAAUACGCUCUAGUACUUCUGAUGCUAUUCCACCUUAUGAAGCUUCCCUGAGAGAUUUCUUGGUAGAUCUAUACAAAGAACAAGGUUAUGAUGCUGCUUGCUAUGCAUUUAAUGACUUCUUGGACUUUCGUGAAGAAUACGAUGGGAUCUACACAUAUCAUCUUGGAGAACAAGAAGUAACGAGAGAAGUUCUGGUAGAAUUCCUAAUGGGAGAUGUAAAAAGACGUGUUACAGAAGCCUUUAACGCUAAUCUUAUCGUUCUAUCUGAUGAAGAAGAUGAUCAAGGAUUACCCUUGGCGGUUAUCGAAGACCAGCUUCAAAACGAACCUAUACAAGAAAUAGAAAAUGAAAAUAUUCUAGAACAAGCUAACAAUGAGCAAGACGAAAUUGAACAGUCGUGGGCUAUCGGAGAAGAAUACAUCAAAAGAAUGAUAUUGGAAGAAAAGAUCAAGGAAAUAUACAAAAACUUAAGCAAGAUUUGGCUCAACAAUUCGCAAACGACGUAG